CACCAACAGCCAACAUUUUCAAGUGCAAAGGUGGUAGAUAAAGCUGUUGGAUGCUCACCACUCAUCAUCCUUCAAAUGCAGCUACUGCCAUCAUGUAGAGUACAAAAAUAAAAUCAAAGACACCAGGUGGGUUCGUUCCGACAGCCACAGCUGUUUAUGUAACCUUCUCCUCUUCACACCGCCCGCUCCGGGGCUCUAACACAGUACACUAGGUCCCCAACUAAUGAACACAAUUGGUUCCAGACGACUGUUCGCAAGUCGAUUUGUUCGUAAGUCCAACAAGAGGUAAUUUAUCAAUUAUAUAGGUACUACAUGUAUGUGUCUACAUAUAUACAGUACAUGUAUGCGUAUGUAUGUAAAUAUGAGUUUGGAUGCAGUAGUAAUAUUAAACAAGGAUAAUUAAUGAAAAAAAACAAUAAUAAUAAAAGUGAUAUAAUAAUACGUAAUGAUAAAUGUUAUUUACCUUCGAAGAGGAGUGGUCGAGCAUACGUCGUCGUGGUGGAGGAGGAGGAGGUAUUGAAAAAAGGACAAAUUGUUGUCGUCGUUAGACUCUUCUAAAAGAGGUAGUGUUCUGUGGGUGGUGUAGAAUUAAGCAGGCUUAUUAACUCUUCAUAAACUUUAACCACACGCUCUGUUCGGCUUGCAUCGUACAGCUACAAUUUAGCUUUGCAUUUCUCCUUUACACUCUCUCCCCACCUUCUUCCUCUACCUGUUGGUCCCAUUAGCAGUGUCACAGUGCCUUCUACUGGUCAAGCAUGUAGCAGUAUAAAUAUGGAGUUCCAAAAGCCAAAAUACAUGAAAAUACCUGUAUAGACCAGUCAGCUUGCGUUCGUAUCUCCGAAUGUUCGCAAAUCGGAUGUUCGUAAGUUGGGGACCUAGUGUUCCUUCAUAAUGGGAGACUACAGCGCUGACCACACGGCCAAAAGCCCCGGGCUGUCUACCUACCGCGUGUUCAGUGCAGCUCUCAAGGCAGAGGGAGUGAGGUUUCCCAACGUACACUUGCACAACCUCACAGGCUGGCAUCCGUUACAUUACUACCAAUGUCAGUUAUUUGCUUCUUUCGACCACACUUGAAUAAAGGAGUUAAUUUCAGCAUUUACGGUAUUUAGACUUUUCCUAAAGAUGAUCAUGGACGGACUAGCAGUGAUGUUGACAUGGCAUCACCGGAAGAUCAUAGCACUUUUGAUGACGUCACCUUACUGUCUUCAUAUUUGCAAGAAAGACGACACCCUUGUCAGCCUUCUCUGUUCACACAGACAUGCUAGAAUGACUAAAGACGCAGUAAUAUGCAUGCCAGGCCAAUAGUUGGCGAUAUCUCAGUGUUAUUGUUGAGUUCAGCCAUUUUAGUCUUUAGUCGUGACUUAAUUAGAAUUUUACACAGUCCUGUAAGGGAAAGACGAUAUCAGGUUAAGCAUCACCUGGCAACCCACUUUUAUCAAGCUAACCUGGCAACCCCCGGCAGCCGGCGUGCUCUCUCUGCUGUGACUGAGAGGAAGAUGGUAGACCUGGAGACCGCAUCGUGCUUCGAACUUAGCCCCAAACUCUUUGAGAAAUGCUCAUAUUGUCAAUCCGGUGUUACGUAUAGAUUACCAGGGGACAAUCACAGAUAAUAUUUCGAGGACAACUGUGGAUUUUGACUCUCCUGUUGUUUAGAGCUCUCCCCCGGGUGGAAAUUAGCUUGAGUGCUGUUCUUGGAUGAUCAGCAUUAUUAGUUUUUUUCUCCAAAAAGAGUGGAUUUUUGUUGUUUGUGUUUUUAAUUAUUAUCGUGGAAAGCAUCAACACCACCCAGAUGUCUCCACGCCGACUGUAGAACCAGAGAGGAGCUUUAAUAGUCGACUAAAAGUAGGCUAACCUAAGAUAGCUAGCCUAUCCUCGCUAACUAACCUCCAGCCGGCCGGCAGCUCUUCGUUCCAAGCGGCCGCUCGAAGGUGCUCGCCAUGCCGCGGAUUAAAAAAGGGAAGCGUGGCUCCACUAAGGCGGGAUCUCUUCGUCAAGAGGUUCUUCAGCUACAGCUGACGGCUAAAGCCUCGCUGAAAGGUGUCAAAAAUGGCAACAAGGUGGAGUCUGGAGCCAGCGAUGACGAGCUGACAUCGGACGUCCUCAGCCACUACAGCAGCGCCAGUGAAGGCACCUCCGUGCUAGAGGAAGGCAUAGGAGGGGAGCAGGUGGACGAGCAGACAGCCCAAGAGGAAAUGGAAGACAAACUCAAACAGUGCAUUGACAAUCUCACUGACAAGAGUGUAAAGACUCGGCUUGCAGCCCUGGAGUCAUUGCGACAGGCCUUCUCCUCCAAAGUCUUGUACGACUUCCUCACAGAGAGACGCCUCACGGUCGGUGACUGCUUGGAGAGGAGCCUCAAAAAAGGCGGUGGAGAGGAGCAGGCGUCAGCGGCCACCCUCUUUGCCCUGCUCUGCAUCCAGCUGGGUGGAGGAGAUGAGGCGGCUGAAGGCUUCAACAUGCUCCGCCCCAUCCUUACCACCAUCUUGAUAGACAGCACGGCAAGCAUGACAGCACGUCAGAGUUGUGCCAGAGCUUUGGGGAUGUGUUGCUACGUCUCUGCUGCUGAAGACGGAGAGGACUUGAUCAAGUCGUUGUCCCUCCUGGAGAGUGUCUUCAUGUCGUCCUACCCCAACAGAGAAGGAGCAAUGCCCACGCCCAAACCUGGCGGCCCAGCUCUCCACAGCGCUGCCCUGCAGGCCUGGUCCCUGCUGGUCACUCUCUGUCCUGCAUCCAGACUCUCUGUACUCCUGCACCUUCACCUCCCCAAGCUGCAAGCAUGCCUGCAAAGUAGCGAUGUCAACUACAGGAUCACUGUGGGAGAAACCAUCGCACUGCUGGUGGAACUGGGGCGAGAAAUAGAUGAGGACUUUGAGGUGGAGGAAGGAGAAACCUUGUGUGAAAAUCUGAAGAGUUUAGCCACAGACAGCAACAAGCAUCGCGCCAAGAACGACCGGAGGAAGCAACGCUCAAUCUUCAGGGAGGUUCUACACUACAUUGAGAAUGAAGACUUCACAGAGGAGAAGAUCAGGUUUGGAGUGGAGAGUGUGUACAUCGACAGCUGGAUGAGGAGAAGAAUCUAUGAUGCCUUCAAGGAGAUCCUGGAGUCUGGAGUCAGGCACCAACUACAGUUUAACCCACUGCUGAGAGACAUCUUUGGUCUUGGACCUCCCAUCAUUCUGGACCCCACGCUCAAAGCCAACAAGAUCUCACGGUUUGAAAAGCAUCUUUUCAACUCAGCUGCCUUCAAGGCCAGAACGAAACAGAGGAACAAAGUCCGCGACAAACGGGCCGACGUCAUGUGAUGCAUCGACUGCCUUAAAGCCUCACAUGCUCUGCAAAUUAACGUCAAAACCUUGUACCCACCAAUGGGCUCUCCACAUUCAAGAUGGUCCAGCUACGACCACCCUCAUCGGAAAUAGCAUGUUUGCCUACAAGAUGAUACAUAGUUAUUUAAUAAAAACAAUGUUAAUUUCACAGUAUUUCUCAAACUGGACAAAAAUAUCCUAAGAGUGGCAACUAGAUGCCACAAAAUGCAUGUUACGCUGGAUGGAAGGGAAAUUGUAAGGCAGUUAACAUUAAGGCUUAUAUGUUGCUGUGAUUUUUAAUUGGUGCUAAUGCUAAACUGAGUUUAGCAGCAGCCUCUGACAACCCCCUCCCAUAAAUAUUAUUGCAACUCAUUGUUUCUUAUUGCCAAAACUACACGAGCUGAUAGAAAAAAAACGUGUAUGUGUGUGUGCUAUAUUUGAACUUUUCGCAACACUUUUUGAAUUAAACCUGUUUAAUAUAUAAGCCUAAUUAAAACAACCAUCUUUUUUACUGCCAUAUUUUUAAGAAGGAAACAAACAUUUUAAGCAUCUGUGCUUGUUUCUAAUAUUUUAAAUUGUAAUUUAUUAGAGAGUAGAUGCAGUGCGAUUUAUUUUUUAGUUUUAAGAGAAUGCAAAGUGCUGUUUACAGACAUAACUAUGGGAAGAAGAUGAAUUAAUUGUUCUUUAUUCUCUUUUAAAAUAUAUUUUAUUGCAGAUGUAUGCGAUGUUGAUGUACAUUGGGAUGUAUCAUAAGAGGUGUUACUUGAAUCAUUAAAGGAGUGUUUGGAGUAUUCACUCUGCAUAUUUGAUGUGUCAAAAUAUCAUUUAGAGUGAAUGGUCAAAACGGACUACUGUGCAUCUUGUGAUUUAUAUUGUGGCAAACAUUGUCGACUCAAGCUGAACUCUAAAACUUUUUCUAUUUCUCAAAUAUUUGUUCACAAAUCUUAGUCUGUUUUACUCAGCGUUACGAACGCUGAGUCAUCCACCUCACAAAGCAUAUCGAGAUGCUGAUUAAAUAGCAAGAUUACACUACACAA